AUGGAUAUCACUCCUUCCAGCUCCUGUGCGCUGCGGAAGCGACUGCUGGGUCUCUUCGGCGUCUACUCGACGGCGGUGUCGAACGGCGAUGGUGUCUGCGAGGUGGCCGAAGUUCGGCGGCUCGAGGCAACUCGCUAUCACGCGUGUCUCAAUGCCCUGGCGCGCCUCAGCAGCUUUCGUAAGUUGUUUGCCGGUAGCGAAGAUGAUAUGGCCAUACGGGCGGCCGCGACGCAGCUGCAGUCUAGGCCGAUACAAGACAUACUGUGGAGAGCAGCGGUGAGGCGAGAUGCAAACUGUGCUCGGCAGCAGCAGCAGCAGCGCCUGAACCCGCUUGAGGUGGAAAGAACUGCCGCCCCUUGGCCCAGUAGCGAUGACUACGCCGACGCGGAUUUUCUCGGCGAGGCAUGCUACAGCCCCUCGGCCUUUGGUCAUGGCAUUCAUUCAACGCCCAGCAAAGAUGCCGGCGCAGCUGGUGACGCGAGGGGCAGCAUUUCAUGGAACGCCCUGCACUCGGUCCUUGUCCUCUACCUGUACGAUCACCAAUGCUUCCACAACUCUUUUCUGGCCCAAGAAGUCGAUGCGCUGCGACGCGACAGCGAUGGAGGCGUCAUGAUGCAUACCAACCCGGACAGAGUGUGCGCGAAGGAGAAACAAAUCGACGUGGCUGCCAUGACGCCGCCAGUGCGAAGAAAGGCAGCUUAUGCGAAUAGCGCUACUCGUGUAGCCGCGGUCCAGGCAGCCGAGCGGCGACCUUGUGGCGCCACCAAGUCUGCUGCACCCUCAUCAUGGAAUGCGAAUCCGCCGCCUUCACUGCAGGAUACUCUGCUUCGGCAGCCCAACAUGGAGAUUGCGAUGGAUGUGCAGAUAGGAGAGGAGGAUGCCGGCAGGUCACUCGAGCCGGUGUACACGCUGCCAUGCCCCCCCCGGAUGGGUGUGCGGCGAGCCCCACCUGGGGCGCCUUCACUUUGCUCACCGGUGCCAACGCGGCAUACCGCGUGCGCCGCUUCCAAUUCACGCUGCACGGUUGACAGUGGUGUGGACCCGACCAAGCGAAGCCCACCGCCACGCCGCAAGCACACGCAGCGCGAAGCAGCCGAGUUCUUGUAUCAACAACGCCACAUUGGUGCUGUGACUGAUGUGGAGGUCGUCAGCGGCGGACAGUCGGCUUUUCAUCGCGCUGCGUCAGUGUCGGUCUCCUCACUCUCGCCGUCGUGGUCACCGCCGUCUGGGAAGAGUGCCGUGGUGCCGAAAAGAAUAGCGGCGGUGACUCGACGGCAGUGGUCUGCCUCUCCGUCACCGCGGCGACCUGCAAGUGCCGCGGUGGUCUUUGGCGAUGAACACAUCGCGGCUUCUCCGACGCCGCACGUGGCUUGCGUACUCAGGCUGUGUCCUCAGUCACCCUCUCAGCAGAACGCGAUGGCGGGCCAGCCGCGAGAGUAUCAUCACCGAAAGCAUCGCGCCAGCCGUGCUGGCGCAGCCGUGCCGACGCUGGUCACUGUCAAGAAAAACGCACGUGCGCAGCGACUGUACAUGACACGCCAGCCGCAGCCCGCGAACCCGGCGGAUGCGACACCGGAGUUGACGACCCGGGAAGGAGGCACUGGUGUCGAUGCGACGAAGCAAAAGAUGUGCUUGCUCGUACCCCAACCGCUCGCUUCACGGCCAGUACUCGCCGAGGCAUGGCCAGGCAGGCGUGAGUACUCUUGCGACUUGAAAGUCCCUCCCACCACCCGCCAUGAGGGGUGCUUCUGUGAGGCGGAGGAGAGCGCUUCCUUACUCGAUAUCAAACUCCAGCGCGCACGGACCGGCGAGCGAUCGGACAGCGGCAGACAUGCUCAGGGCCGCCGCACCACUUCAUUUGCCGUCGGCGCGCCGAGGGGGGCAAGCGCCGAGGCAAGUAAUCGUGAUGGCUCGAUGCGACCCGAUUGGGUGCGCUGGACUUCUCCAGCAAAGCCGCCGCUCUCUCCCGGCACCCCUACUGCGCUGCUUAGGGCCUCAGUGUUGCCCUCCCGCGCCUCCUCAGCGGCACCAGUAGACGUGGAGGGUGCAGCAAGCAAUCAGGAGAACCAGCCGCCACCGACGAAGACUUCGCGGCGGCGCCAUGCUCUCUACCAACUUGAGCAGCCCUUCCCCUUCACCACAGGCGAGCCUUUUGCGCCCCGCCCCCUCCACGAAGAGCGCCAUACGGGAGCAGCAGCGGCCCCGGCGAUGGUGAUUCCAGUGCACCACGCCACCGCACCGUCGCCGACACCUACUCCGCGGGAGGACGAGACGGACGCAUGGCAGCAUUCCGCGGUCCACCGUGAGGCAUCAGCUGUUGCACCCCCGCCUCCGCUCCACCAUUUCACGACUCAGCAGGUGCCGAAGCAACGGCCGCGUCAGCCAUCCCAGCAGCUCAUAGGAAUGCCGCGUCUUCUUUUCUCGCCAUCUGACGCACUGUCACUGGCCACCAACAGAAGCUCGCGCGUUUCUUCGACGGAGCAACAGCAGAAAGACCGGAAGCUCGUGCCUGCAUCGACCCCCACUAAUCCAGCAGCCCCGGCGCUAUCCCCCUUGUUCUGUGAGACGACGCACCGUCCGUUUGCGAGCGCACAUGAGAUGGGGUCGACCGUGAUGGAAGAAACGUGCACACCAACAAGGCGCUGGUCACCAGGCCAGCAGAGCCUUACGUGUCGCACCCCAACUAGUGUGGUAUCUCCCAUGAAUCGCCAGCCGCCAGCACCACUCUCGCCGGCGUCAGCGAAGGCGCAGCAGCAGCAACCGGAUGGGCGAUCGCCUCCGCCUCGGCUGUCGAGUCGGGCGAAAGCUCAAUCCAUCACCCGCGGCAGCUGCACUCUACAGACGCCACCACGGGUGCCUUCCACUCGCGUACUUCUGUCUCCCUCUGGCAGCCUGCAAGUGACAACGCCUCCCUCGCUAUCGCCCCCCCCCCAUGUAGCCGCAGCAGGGGCGACGAGGCGGCUGUUGCGACAAGUGGGAGGUGGCGAUAGUGAGGGAGGCGUUGUUGGACAGAGAAGCUGA